CGGACCAAGCGAAUUAAACCGGUUCCAAUCUAUAAGCCCUAAAUUCCCAAAUCAGAUUCUCACUUUUGCUUUCUUCAACCUGUCGACAACACUCCCGAUUUUGCUCUGACAGUGUGUUUAAAAACCAAUGGCGCUAGUUGUGAUUUGUGGGCAACCUUGUAGUGGUAAGUCAAUAGCUGCAGUAACUUUAGCUGAAGCAUUGAAAGAGUCUGAAACGAAACAGAAUGUUAGGAUCAUCGAUGAGGCUUCGUUUCAUCUAGACCGCAAUCAAAACUAUGUUAACAUGCCUGCUGAGAAGAAUCUGAGAGGAAAGCUUAGGUCAGAUGUUGAUAGAUCAGUUUCGAGAGGCGAUAUUGUUAUUGUAGAUUCCUUGAACAGUAUCAAAGGUUACAGAUAUGAGCUUUGGUGUAUCGCGCGUGCUGCCGGGAUUAGGUAUUGUGUUGUUUAUUGUGAUGUGGAUGAAGCUCAUUGCAGGCAAUGGAAUAAAGAACGCAGUGAUAGAGGUGAGGAUGGAUAUGACGAUGGUAUAUUCGAAGAUCUGGUUAGAAGAUUUGAGAAACCUGAGAGAAGGAACCGAUGGGAUUCACCUCUCUUCGAGCUAUACCCUUCUCGAGAAGUAAUAGAUAAAUCCUCUUCUGUGAUUUUAGAGGCUGUGACUUAUCUAACCAAGACUGUUGAUUCCAAAACCCAAGAUGUGAGAAUUCUCCAACCAAGUAUUGCGACUCAGGCUGCUAGAUUUUCAGAAGCGAAUUCUCUUUACGAGUUGGACAGAGCGACACAAGAAAUCAUCAACGCGAUUGUGGAACAACAAUCACUUGGUGGGGCUAUAAGCAGAGUUACUCUGGGAAAUGAACUACCUCCAAUCGAAAUCAGCAGACCGAUUGGACUACCGGAGCUAAGGAGGCUUCGAAGAACGUUUGUUAAAUUGAUGGGUCAAUCGAGUCUGAGCGGGCCACCAUUACCAACUGAUGCAGAAAGUGCAAAGAGACGUUUUGUGGAUUACUUGAACAGAGAGUUUGGAGGUAAUAACGCUUGAAAUUUGUGGGUAAAAAACAUCUUACAAUUUGGUUUUGUAUUUUCUUAACUCAAGUCAAGUUUCAUCCUUGUUUGUUGUUCUUCAAUGAAAUUUUGGGGCUAAAUUGAUGUGUUAUUCUAAUGCAAACAUAUAAUGAAUGAUACUUAUUUAUCAA